AUGGCCAACUCUUGCUGCUCCCCUUGCUGUCAGCUUACUUGCUGCAGGGCCAGUUGCUGCAGACCAACCUGUGUGGCCAGCUGCAGUCCAUCCUGCUACCAGCCCAGCUGCUGUAAAACCACUUGCUGUAGGACCACCUACUGUAAGUCAACUCCUGUGACCGGCUGCUGCAGCACACCCUGUUGUCAGCCCAGCAGUUGUAAAACCACCUGCUGUAGCACCAUCUGCUGUAAGCCAACCUGUGUGACCAAGUGCUGCCAACCCAGCUGCUGUGAAACCACCUGUUGUAAGACCACCUGCUGUAAGCCAACCUGUGUGACCAGCUGCUGCAGCCCAAUCUGCUGUGAAACCACCUGCUGCAAACCAGCCUGUGUGACCAGCUGCUGCAGCCCACCCUGUUGCCAGCCUAGCUGCUGUGAAACCACCUGUUGUAAGACCACCUGCUGUAAGCCAACCUGUGUGACCAGCUGCUGCAGCCCAAUCUGCUGUGAAACCACCUGUUGCAAACCAGCCUGUAUGACUAACUGCUGCAGCCCACCUUGCUGCCAGCCCAGCUGCUAUGAAACCACCUGCUGUAGGACCACCUGCUGUAAGCCAACCUGUGUGACCAGCUGCUGCAGCCCACUCUGCUGUGAAACCACCUGCUACAAACCAGCCUGUGUGACCAGCUGCUGCAGCACACCCUGUUGCCAGCCUAGCUGCUGUGAAACCACCUGCUGUAAGACCACCUGCUGUAAGCCAACCUGUGUGACCAGCUGCUGCAGCCCAAUCUGCUGUGAAACCACCUGUUGCAAACCAGCCUGUGUGACUAACUGCUGCAGCCCACCUUGCUGCCAGCCCAGCUGCUGUGAAACCACCUGCUGUAGGACCACCUGCUGUAAGCCAACCUGUGUGACCAGCUGCUGCCAGCCCAGCUGCUGUGAAACCACCUGCUGCAAGCCAGCCUGCGUGACCAACUGCUGUAGCACACCCUGUUGCCAGCCUAGUUGCUGUGAAAGCACCUGCUGUAAGACCACCUGCUGUAAGCCAACCUGUGUGACCAGCUGCUGCAGCACACCCUGUUGCCAGCCUAGCUGCUGUGAAACCACCUGUUGUAAGACCACCUGCUGUAAGCCAACCUGUGUGACCAGCUGCUGCAGCCCAAUCUGCUGUGAAACCACCUGCUGCAAACCAGCCUUCGUGACCAGCUGCUGCAGCACACCCUGUUGCCAGCCUAGCUGCUGUGAAACCACCUGCUGUAAGACCACCUGCUGUAAGCCAACCUGUGUGACCAGCUGCUGCAACCCAAUCUGCUGUGAAACCACCUGUUGCAAACCAGCCUGUGUGACUAACUGCUGCAGCCCACCUUGCUGCCAGCCCAGCUGCUGUGAAACCACCUGCUGUAGGACCACCUGCUGUAAGCCAACCUGUGUGACCAGCUGCUGCCAGCCCAGCUGCUGUGAAACCACCUGCUGCAAGCCAGCCUGCGUGACCAACUGCUGUAGCACACCCUGUUGCCAGCCUAGUUGCUGUGAAAGCACCUGCUGUAAGACCACCUGCUGUAAGCCAACCUGUGUGACCAGCUGCUGCAGCACACCCUGUUGCCAGCCUAGCUGCUGUGAAACCACCUGUUGUAAGACCACCUGCUGUAAGCCAACCUGUGUGACCAGCUGCUGCAGCCCAAUCUGCUGUAAAACCACCUGCUGCAAACCAGCCUUCGUGACCAGCUGCUGCAGCACACCCUGUUGCCAGCCUAGCUGCUGUGAAACCACCUGCUGUAAGACCACCUGCUGUAAGCCAACCUGUGUGACCAGCUGCUGCAACCCAAUCUGCUGUGAAACCACCUGCUACAAACCAGCCUGUGUGACCAGCUGCUGCAGCCCACCCUGUUGCCAGCCUAGCUGCUGUGAAACCACCUGUUGUAAGACCACCUGCUGUAAGCCAACCUGUGUGACCAGCUGCUGCAGCCCAAUCUGCUGUAAAACCACCUGCUGCAAACCAGCCUGCGUGACCAGCUGCUGCAGCACACCCUGUUGCCAGCCUAGCUGCUGUGAAACCACCUGCUGUAAGACCACCUGCUGUAAGCCAACCUGUGUGACCAGCUGCUGCAACCCAAUCUGCUGUGAAACCACCUGCUACAAACCAGCCUGUGUGACCAGCUGCUGCAGCCCACCCUGUUGCCAGCCUAGCUGCUGUGAAACCACCUGUUGUAAGACCACCUGCUGUAAGCCAACCUGUGUGACCAGCUGCUGCAGCCCAAUCUGCUGUAAAACCACCUGCUGCAAACCAGCCUGCGUGACCAGCUGCUGCAGCACACCCUGUUGCCAGCCUAGCUGCUGUGAAACCACCUGCUGUAAGACCACCUGCUGUAAGCCAACCUCUUGUGUGACCAGCUGCUGCAGCACACCCUGUUGCCAGCCUAGCUGCUGUGAAACCACCUGCUGUAAGACCACCUGCUGUAAGCCAACCUGUGUGACCAGCUGCUGCCAGCCUAGCUGCUGUGAAACCACCUGCUACAGGACCACCUGCUGUAAGCCAACCUGUGUGACCAGCUGCUGCCAGCCCAGCUGCUGUGAAACCACCUGCUGUGAACCAGCCUGUGUGACCAGCUGCUGCAGCCCACCCUGUUGCCAGCCUAGCUGCUGUGAAACCACCUGCUGUGAACCAGUCUGUGUGGCCAGCUGCUGCCAGCCCAGCUGCUGUGAAACCACCUGCUACAAGACCACCUGCUGUAAGCCAACCUGUGUGACCAGCUGCUGCAGCCCACCCUGUUGCCAGCCUAGCUGCUGUGAAACCACCUGCUGUGAACCAGCCUGUGUGACCAGCUGCUGCAGCCCACCCUGCUGCUGUGAGUCCAGCUACUGCCAGCCUAGCUGCUGCCCAACCUGCUGUGAAACCACCUGCUGCUAA